GCUGCCUCCCUCCUCCUUCCCUCCAGGCGGAAAGAGCCGGAAGGCAGCGCGGGGCCGGCGGACAUGAGCUGGGCGCGGGCCGCCCAGGAUCCCGGCACCUCUGGCCGGGAAGAAGAGGAAGGCCGGCAAGAGGUUUUCCUUUUUGAUCCUCAGAGCGCAUCACCCACCGUUGCCUUUCUGCAAGAGUUGCCCAGUUUCCAGUCAAUGCGGAGGAGGAAACCCUCAAUCAGAAGCUCACAGGAUUAUUACAGUUUAGUGCGGGUCACUUCUGGAGAGACCAACAACUUGUUGGAUGGGGUCGGACCAAGCCCCACACGCCCACUUCGAGAAUAUGCCUUAACGAUUGCAGAGAAACGGCGUUUAAGAGAUAUCCAGGAAGCCAACAGGAAAUACCUGUCAGGUUGGAAUCAGUGGAGGCAGUCAAGCAAAAAGUCCCUGAAAAGAAUUGUAGAGGAUACCAAGGAACUGUCCUCCUAUUUGGAGCUUUGGAGGCACGAUAUCCACAGCAUUGAAGGGAAAUUUGGCACUGGGAUCCAGUCUUAUUUCUCCUUCCUUCGGUUCCUUGUGAUCCUGAACUUGGUGAUCUUUCUCCUUGUGUUCAGCUUUAUCACUCUUCCGAGUGCUGUUUUCCAACAUGGAAUUGUCAAUGGCAGCUACGUUAAAGUCUCCCCACAGGAAGCAGACACACAUUGCACGAUUUAUGAAGUCACUGGCACCAAGGGACUCAUUUACUUCUACAAUUAUAUUAUAGAUCUCCUGUCUGGCACAGGUUUUCUUGAGAUGACCAGCCUUUUCUAUGGUUAUUACACAGUCGAUGCAAUACAUUUGGGCCGCCUGACAUACCAAGUGCCGCUUGCUUAUUUGCUCACCACGAUGACCUACCUUUCAUUGAGCUUCCUGUGGAUUGUCAAGAGAGCCGUCGAAGGGUUUAAACAAAGCCUGGUGUGCAGCGAUGACCGGUUUCAGAGCUACUGCAACAAAAUAUUUGCUGGCUGGGAUUUCUGUAUUACGGAUGUCAAUGCUGCACGGCUGAAACACUGCAGCUUACAUUAUGAACUGAAAACUGACUUGGAGGAAGAGAGGUUGAGGCAGAGAGUAGCGGAAAGAACUGCCAAAGAGAAGAUACGCAUCUAUUGCUUGAGGAUAUUCUUAAAUGCUGUAGUCCUUGCUGUUUUGUCAGCUUGUUUUUACUCUAUCUAUAGAGCAACUGUCUACUCGCAGGAAAUUAUUUCCAGUGACAACAAAACUCGAUUUGAAGAUAACCUCCUUGUGCAGUACCUUCCUUCGAUGGUGAUCACAAUGGCCAACUUCAUUGCCCCCCUGAUAUUUUCAAUGAUCAUCAAACUGGAGGAUUAUUCGCCAGGCUUUGAAAUCCGGUUGACUCUGAUGAGGUGCGUCUUUGUACGGUUGGCCAAUAUUGGCGUUCUCUUGGCCUCACUCUGGAUCCGGAUCAAGUCCUGUGCCGAUGAAAAGUGUGAGGCCUGUGGAUACAACUACCAGGUCUAUCCUUGCUGGGAGUCUCGUGUUGGCCAGGAGAUGUAUAAGCUUAUGAUCUUUGACUUUAUCAUCAUUUUUGCUGUUACAGUCUUCAUAGACUUUCCUAGAAAAUUGAUGGUUACCCAUUGUUCGGUGAAGGCCUUCCGGUGGUGUGGGCUGCAGGAGUUUGCCAUUCCAGACAAUGUUUUGGAAAUAGUUUACGGACAAACAAUUUGUUGGAUUGGAACUUUCUACUGUCCACUCCUGCCUGCGAUCGCAACAAUAAAAUAUUUCAUUGUAUUUUACAUUAAAAAGGUCAGUCUGAUGCAUACCUGUAAGCCUUCAACGCGUCCUUUCAGGGCAUCCAGUUCCAACUUCUUCUUCUUGGUGGUGCUCUUGAUUGGCCUCAUCUUAGCUUUCAUUCCAGUGGGACUUAGCAUGACACGCAUUCCCUCCUCAAAGGCAUGUGGACCUUUUGUGACAUUUGAGCAUUCGUGGGACAUUCUGCAUCACACUGUCAGUCAAUUCCCAGAUGUAUUGAGAGCAGUCCUGGAUGGCCUCGCAUCCGAAGCCUUUGCAGUGCCUUUCUUUAUAUUGAUCUGCCUUGUUCUGUUCUAUCUCAUGGCCUUGGCUGGUGCACAUAAACGAGUUGUUAAUCAGCUGAGGGAACAAUUAGUGAUGGAGAGCCGGGACAAACUCUUCUUGAUCAGGAAGUUGACUGAAGCCCAGAGACUUGGCUGAGAAAAAAUUCAUAACCUUUUAUUUUCCUAGCGAUUUUUGGAACGGCUACUUAAAGGACCACAGAAAAGUUGAACCUUGAGCAAAUAGAGAUUCAUUGUUGCCGAGGAAGGGUUUUUGUGUACCUUCGGCAACAUGGGCCUUUCUCCUUGUUUCAAUGUGCUGAGAACAGUGGGUUCUUUCUUAUUUUCUGGCUUUUUACAGCCUUGCUGUGUUCUCUUCUAUGCAUAAGUGAGUGGUUGAUUGACUCAGGGAACUCUUACGCUGAGCUGUUAUACUUGUCAUCAAGUAUAUGUCUUCCUUUUUUAUAAGCUUCCCCCUUGUAAAGAAUGACGAACCUCUUAAUGACUCUGCCCAAAAAAAACUACUGUAUUGGGGGCCUGUGUGACAAUAUCUUUCACUCUAUACAUUUUAAGCCUCUAUUUUUCAGGGGCCUUAUUUUUGUAUUAUGUAUUGCUUUCUAGAGUUGGAAAGUUGCUUGUAGAAACCUUUGCCACAGUAUUAUAGUUGUUUUAAUCCAAAUGGUAGCAGAAGCAGGGCUGCAAAGUUAAGUCAUAUGGUGACGUGGGUCCAGAAGAACAUCUAUUUCUAUGUUUCUCAGUCUCCUCUAGCACAUGUGUGCAACUCGCUAUGUGUAGUGGAAGGUCAUGCAUGGGGGAGGGGCAGAUACAUUGCCUGUCAAUAACUCAAGGUUGUGUGGAUAAAUGUGUCUGAAGAUUUGUUGGGGAGCAAACUUUGCAUAUAUAUAUAUAUAUAUCUCCAAUUUUGAACAAGAAGCAUCAGUUGCUGUUGCUGUUAGCUCUGGUUUUAUGGUGGGUAACUUACAUGUAAAUGAAAGAGCUUUAUGUUGAAUGGAUAUAAACGCAUUCCAAUUAUAUGCUUACAGUGGUUGAAUCCAGACUUUUGCUCAUGCUUUUUAUAGUCAGUGAAAUCAAGGGGAUUUAACAUGCCUUCUUGAUUUUAGCGUACAGUAUGUGCUCUCACUUAGUCUUGAUCCAACCCUUGGUCUUAUUUAAAUUCUUUUAGGAGAGUUAUAAUAAUGGCACUGAUGGCAACUCAAAAGUUGUAUUGAAAGAGGACAAUGGGCAUUGAUAUAGACCAAAGCUUUGAAUCAGAAGCCUCCCACAGCAAUGACUUUCAAGCCUCUACUCACUGACAUAAACUGAAGCAAAAUGCUGUUGGCUCAUACUAUUUAGAAAGCUUAAAUCACUGCGUAGAAGGAAACAAUCGGACAAGGAAGGAGAAAUGGGUUUCCUGCAUAAUGUGAACACAAUGCUUUUACUAUAUAAGAUGUAUUACUUUACUCAGUGUUGCUCAAAAUUGUCUGGAAACUCAAGUCAUUUCACUUGCAGAAGCAAAGUUCAAUGAGAACAAGCCAACCAAAUUCCUCGUUAGUCUUAAUUACUAAGAAACUAACUUUUGUACAUUAUUAGAUUCCUGUGUUUUCAUACUCUGGAUAAGCAUUAAAUGAUGAUAUAUCCUUAACACUUUGUUCUAAAUGGACCCAUUCUCCUGUGAUUUAAUGAAACACAGAAAUAACUGUAUUUUUUCUAGGCCAAUUACUGCAUUCUGUAUUUAACUUGAAUUUUGAAGAGAACUUGAAAUGUCCUGUGGAAGAUAUAUAUAUAUAUAGAGAGAGAGAGAAAGAAUACGUAGUUUAAAGAACACUGUUACUUUCAGAGUCUGACAUUUUUUCCUAGCAAUUUUGAGAAACAUAAACGUUUUAAAGGGUGUAAAAUAUGUGUUAAUAAAUAUGCUACAGAAGUUUUAAUGAAACGAGUUUAUUUGUAUUUAUUUUGGGCUGCGUUCUAAAGCACUACCAAAUCAUAGCAACUAGAUACAACAUGAAACAUUGAAAUGGUUCCAUGCUUCAAAAUAAAAAUAAAAUAAAAUAUGUGUGUCUUUAUAAAAAAGCGACAGAUUCAAAACAAAGGUAAAUAUUUUUGGCUGAUUUCGAGGGAUGGAAGAUAAGCUGGACUUCUAAUGUACUUUUCCAUUUUGUGUG